GUUUUCAGAAGCCAUUGAACAGAACAAGUGGCCGAGUGGGGGAAGUCCUGAAGGCUUGGCAAGAUCAUGGCGAGCAGCAAUGGAGGAGGAAGAGAAGAAGAGCAACUGAAACGAUUGGCAGAGGAGCUGAGCAAAAACCUCAAGGAAGGUGAGAGAAUUCUCGCACCCACUAGGAGACCCGACGGUACCCUCCGGAAGCCAAUCCGGAUUAGGGCCGGCUAUGUCCCUCAAGAGGAAGUCGCCAUUUACCAAUCUAAAGGCACCCUGUGGAAAAAGGAGAUGUCUUCACAGGUAGGGCCUCCAGGUUAUGAUCCUGAAUUGGAUACAAAACCCAAAACUAAGUCGGUAAAGAGGAAUGAAAGAAAGAAGGAGAAGCGGCUACAGGCUGCUCUUGAAAAGGGUAAGCACUUGGAACAAACAGUAGAUGGGGAGAUAAUAAAGGAAGAGCCACUACCUGUCGAAGAUUUAGGUACUGGAUUGGAAUCUGUCAAGCAGUUAACAUCUCAGAUGAAUGAGCUAGCUGUUUCCACAAAUGCUACCGUAAUUUCCCCUCCCUUGGACUCCACGGAGGAGUCAAAUUCAGGAAACCCAGUUCAGGAUAUUGAUAAAAGGAUUCGAGCACUUAAAAAGAAGAUUCGACUUACAGAAGCUCAACAGCAGAAAAGUGCACAAGAUGUGAAGCCAGAACAGGUGGAAAAAUGGACGAAGCUUGAAGGCUGGCGAAAGGAGCUAAAACUUUUGGAGGAUAAAAAGGCUGAAAUGGCAGUAUCGUGAACUAGGAUUGGGUGGAGAAACUGUGGGGUUUCUUUCAUGGAUGCUUUCUCGAUAAAGAUUAAGAAUCCUGUAUGGUCGGAACUGGAGUUCAUCUGUCUCUUUGGUUCUUGUCAGCUGUUUUGUACACAUCUCGAUUGACCAUGUGAGUUAAUUGUUGCAGUUGUUCCACCACUCAGGAUAUAGCAAUUUUUUCGUACUAAACAAUUGCUUCAAAUGCAUGAUUCCCAAGUCCAAAACAAAAAUAGAGAGAGAAGCACCCAUCAUGUCAACUA